AUGACAUUAGAACUACCAGAAGGAAAUUACACUCAAGCAUUAAGUCUUGUCCUCAUAAAUUUGAAAGCCGACAAUACGAUCCCACAAGAGGUUGAAAAUCAAGUCUACCCACAAGUAUGGGCAACAGACAUACCAGGGAAAGCUGAAUAUGCAGAGUCCAUUCGAGUAAAGAUAAAACAAGGAGCUAACCCUGUGGCACUAAAACAAUAUCCGUUAAAAGAGGAAAGCAAAGAAGAUGUCCAACCAAUAAUAGAACAAUUCCUAAAACUGGGUCUGUUAGUAGAAUGCCAAUCACCAUUUAAUACUCCGAUCCUACCAGUAAAGAAGCCAGACGGUAGCUUUCGGUUGGUACAAGACCUUAGAAAAAUCAAUGAGAUUACUGAAAAUAUUUACCCUAGAGUUGCUAACCCUUACACUUUAUUAAGCUCUUUGAGGUCUGAGCUACGGUGGUUUUCAGUACUGGACUUAAAAGAUGCUUUCUUCUGCCUGCCUUUAGCAGAAGAAAGCCAACUGAUCUUUGCUUUCGAAUGGGAAACUACGGCCAAAGGCCGGAAAAUACAAUUGAUAGUGCUACCGCAAGGGUUCAAAAAUAGCCCAACACUGUUCGGAAGUCAAUUAACUAAAGAUUUGGAGUGCUGUACUGCUCCCGGAGGAGAAGGGAAAAUCCUACAAUAUGUAGAUGAUAUCCUAAUCGCCACUAAAACCCGUGCGGAAAAUAUGAAUUGGACAGUGUCACUGUUAAAUUUCUUGGGGCUGAGAGGAUAUCGAAGGCCGGUGGCCUACUUCUCCAAACAACUCAACAACACGGCGAAAAAAACAUCAGCACAGAAGGUGGAACUCAUUGCUCUAACUAAAUCCUUAGAAAUGGCUAAAGACCGAGAUGUAAAUAUCUAUACGGAUUCCAGAUAUGCCUUUGGGGUCCUACAUGCACAUGGAGCCAUUUGGAAAGAGCGAG